AUGAAAUUCAGUAGAGCUUCAUUGCAAAACAUGUCAACUUUAAAUUGUUUUACUCGUUUACGAGCUCGUUUACCGUUAAGAUUUGAUAUAGAAUAUAAAAAUCCUACGCAAGCAAGAAGAUUAUUUGUGGAAGCAACAAAAACUACCACAGAACGAAUGAAUGGAGAACAUUAUGGACAACAGAAAAAAGAAGACGAAAAAGAGAAAAAUGGUCAGAAUGACAUUAUGACAGAAUGGAAGGACGCGAUAUAUGAUUGUAAGGGUUGA